CACUGGUCUAUCUUUAAAGAAGAAAACGCGGUACCUAAUAAGUGGCUUUAAUAAGAUUAUUUAAAUUUCUCAAUAUCUAAACAUACAAAAUCUUCUUUGAUAAAACAUAAAAGAACGAUCUAUUCAGGGCUAACAUAUUAUUGAAAGUUACUUGUGUCUACAAAAUAAAAAUGUCUAGUAUAGGAAUCAGUUUGUUUCAAUGCCUUCUCGGUAUUCAGUGCAAGGAUUUCACAAUGAUAGCAGCAGACCAAAUGAAUACACAGAGUAUCAUCGUUUUGAAAAACGAUGAGGACAAACUUCAUCAGGUCUCUGACAGAUUGAUUAUGGGCAUGAACGGGACACCAGGGGACCGGCUGCAGUUCGCUCACUUCAUAGCGAAGAAUGUCCAUCUGUACGAAAUGAAGAAUGGGUACAAACUAGACACGGCGGCCGUAGUACAUUUUACAAGAAAAAACCUGGCUGAUGGCUUGAAGGGUGGGACUCCUUGCUUGGUGAACAUGCUGGUCGCAGGGUAUGACGACCAGCAAGGAGGUCAGUUGUACAGCCUGGACUUCCUUGCGGUUUGUGUUAAAGUGCCAUUCGCCUCCCACGGAUACGGCGGGCUGUUCUCUCUGAGUAUUUUGGACAGUUACUAUAAACCAACAUUAACGGAGCAAGAGGCGUAUAAUGUGCUGAAGAUGUGCGUCAAGGAGAUACAUAACAGGUUGUUCCUGAAUUUGCCCAAUUUUCAAGUAAAGGUGGUCUCUGCCCAGGGAGUGAAAAACAUGCCAAUCAUAAAUCCGGCCACAUUUGUAACUAAUUCAUGACUAAACUAUAUGGUCAGUCAUUUGGAACAUCCGAGUUUCUGAAGAAUGUAUUUUUUUAACCUUUUUUUUUAAGAUGUUCUGCUUCACCGCUUCGUAAUUGAUGUAGUUUUUGGAGCAAAUGUUUGUCAUAUACCUAUACUAAAGAAAAACAUUAAGUUUAUUAUUAUGCUAAUAACUUUGCCUUGCAAGUAACCGUUAUUGUAUCGCAUCGUCAAAUAUUCUAUGAAAACUCAGCAGCGCCCUUGCCAGACGUAAAAAGGAAGUAACUCCUUCCAUACAAAAUUUUAUGAGGACGAUACGAUAAAGGAUUUAUCAAACUUCGUGUUUGGUAAAAAGCCUACGACAUAGCUUCGGAAACUAACAAGCUAGCAAAAAACGCAUUCAGUGUUUUUUCGUUUACCUACUCCCAAUCCUUUAAGCGUUUAUUAUGAUAUUUUAUACAAGGCUAUUUUACGGCUUAUCUAUUUUGUAGUAAUUUUAUUGUGUGAUUAUGACUUUUUUGUUUAAUAAACUCUUGUGUUGUUGCUUUUGUCCUUGUUUUGCAAAAGAGUUUUAUUGUUAUCGUUGUUUGUCAACACUAUAGUAAUAU